AUGCACAAUUAUUUGGAUCUUGUCAAUUUGACAUUCAAUAAAGUGACAAUGAAGGUGAUGGUAUGCGGCAAGAUGAUGUGUGGCGUUGGAUUUAAGCAUGUAACAAUGCCAUUGAAAGAGACGGCAGAAUUCAUGAGAAUGGGAAUACAAAGUUUGACGACUUUACUUCCAUUUGUGAGGAAAGUUGAAUGGUUAGAGGGUCCAAUUGAGUUUGGGCAUGAUUUCAACCAACAUCAUACCUAUGAUGUUUAUCAUUGUGACAACAAAGGUGUCGGCUUUGACAUUUGUGUGGGGGCAAGGGGUGAUAGAGGCGAAAGGGGUGUGAAAGAUGAUAAAGAAGAGGAUGAGGAUGAUAGAGAAAUGAUUAGUGAGAAUGAAAGAGAAAUAAGUAGUAAAGGUGAUCAAGUAGUAGAGAUGACAUUAUUAUUAAUGGAAGAUGAACAAGAAGAGGCCGAUGAGGAUGAUAGUAGAAUGGACGGUACAUUAUUAACAACACUACUUAUUCCUAACACCAUCCCUCGCUGGUCACUAUUGAUUCAACUGACAUUAAAAGAGGGUGAUAGUAUUGGGAAUAAUAAUGCAGGUUGUAGCAGCAUCCCUCAAGUUCCAAUAUUCCUCAAAUCACUUAAUGAAGGUUGCAAAACGAGGAUUCAGCCUCUCUUAGGAGUACAACUCUCUUCCCCACUAUCCCCUUUACCUCAUCAUUAUUUCGGAGUCGUUUAUAACUACUUGGGGAGGACGCCAGAACAUCCUUAUGUUCUUGUUUUCGAAAGUGAAUACUGGUCAAAUAAUUAUGUCCGUGGUCAUGACUUAGCUGUUAGCUUUACGAAGCACUAGUGAUGAUAUUAAUUAUCAUUUAAAUUUUUCAGCUUGUAAAUGUUAAAAUGUUAAUAGUAUUUAAAUUGUAAGCUACAU